AUAACCCGGAUUGAGGCCGUGGAGAAGGAUUCUACAGGAAGUUGGCAGAGUCGACAGACAUCUCUGUUCAACAGCCUUCUGUGUGUCACAGAGUAUGCCAGGAGUCAUCAAUUUGGAUGAUCUGACGGACAAGGACAAGGCCCAGAUGGAAUUGGACCAGAAGAAAAUUGAAGUCAAACUUGAGAGGUGGUUGACAUCCAAAUGUUGCGAGGAGAUCAAGGACUACAUUGUGGCCGCCGAGGAGGAAGACAUCUUAGUGAAGGGCAUGCCAGAGGACAAGAACCCGUUCAAGGAGAAAGGUGGCUGCGUCAUCUGCUAGACGGGGACCCGAGGAGCUGUUCGCAUUGCACCUCACUAGUGCUCAAGGACUAUCUCCCGCCUCUCCCACGGCUUUCAAUGGAUUAUCACUCACAGGCUUGUGUGAAGAAUAGUAGUUGCAAUGACAUAAAGGUUAAGGUGGCAUCUUGUUGUUCAUAUUCAUGAGUUCCUGAAUAAAUUACCACCGAGUUUUGGUGAGGUUACGCUU